AUGGCUCAUGCUCCUAAGUUGAGUUUUGCGGCUAUUGCUACGAUGUCGUCGGUUUUAAUUUUAUAUAUGACCAUAAAAUCACCCUUAAAAUACAAGUGGGCCAGCGAAAACAGAAUCAGCCCUAAGGCAGACUUAGCAUGGAGAACGGCUUCUCAGAAGUGGCUUGAAAACAAUCAAUGA